CGGGGCCGCGCCGGUUCCUCAUUUCCCUCAGCGCUCCGCGCCGGCCCCGGGCGGCGAUGGACCACGAGCGCAGCAAGGCGCUGCUGCGGGAGCUGCAGAGGGCGAGCGGCACCGGCAACGACCGCUGCGCCGACUGCGGGCGGCCAGGUCCAGAGUGGGCUUCUUACAAACUUGGAAUACUCGUUUGUGUGAAUUGCUCUGGAAUCCAUCGCAAUCUUCCUGGCAUCACCAGAGUCAAAUCCCUUGUGCUGGACUUCUGGGAGAACGAUCUGAUAGAGUUUAUGAAGAGUCAUGGGAACCUCUGUGCCAAAGCUAAAUACGAGGCCAAAGUCCCUCCCUACUAUUACAUCCCCCACUCUGAUGACUGUGUGGUUUUAAGAGAGCAAUGGAUUAGAGCUAAAUAUGAGCGUGAGGAAUUUGUUGCCACCCGAGUCUGCCAAGAUCCUUGUUCUGCAGAGAACCGUGAAGGAUUCCUCUGGAAGCUUGGGCAGGGACGCAGACAAUUCCACAAGAGGAAAUUUUUCCUGUCAGCAAGGGAAGGGGUGAUGAAGUACUACGGCAAAGAAAGCACAGUUCCCAAAGCUGUUAUCAGCGUGGAGACUCUGAAUGCAAUGUUCCAGGAAUGGAAAAUAGGACAUUCCCACGGGCUGCAGAUCACCUACAGCACAGAUGGGCAAACAAGGAACCUGUUUGUCUAUCAUGAAAGUGGAAAGGAGAUUGUUGACUGGUUCAACGCUAUUCGGGCGGCGCGUUACCAUUACCUCAGAACAGCCUUCCCAAAUGUCCCCGAGCACGAGCUCAUACCCAGGAUCACAAGAAAUUUUGUCAAAGAAGGAUAUAUGGAGAAAACAGGACCAAAACACAAGGAGGCCUUUAAGGGACGCUGGUUCAGCCUGGAUUCUCAAGAAAGGAACCUGAUGUACUUUAAAAACCCACUGGAUGAGUUUGCACGGGGCCAGAUUUUUAUUGGAAGGAGGGAUGAGGGGUAUGAAGUACGACCUGAGCUGCCCAAGGGAAUCCGUCUGAAGAAGAGGAAACCAAGUAUCAUUCUGGUCACGCCAGGGAGAGAGUUUGUGUUUUUAUGUGAUAACGACGAGAAGCAGAAGGAGUGGAUUGAGGCCUUGGACGGAAUCAUCUCCCAGAACUGAUGUCCACAGGGAGGAGCAGAGUCAGGCAGCUACAUCCCAUCUGGCCGCAGCUCCUGUCCACACAGGGACAGGGCUGUUUUCGGCAGAGUGGGUUGAAUGUCUCUUACCCUGGCACAAUAAAAAAAUACAAGUCAAGUU